CAGGGUCUCGAACGUGCUAGGCGAGUGCUCUACCGCUCAGGCACAACCCCAGCCCCUCUCAACCUUUUUAAUCCCAGAGUAGCCCCCUAAGGAUGGCGGUGGCCACUUUGAGGACCUACCACAUAUUUGCCCCCCCCCCUCUUCUUUAGAAUGGCAGCUGACAGUCUGGGCUUGAGUCCCAGAUGUCCCUCUUAGUGUGUGACCUUGAGCACAUUUCUUCAUCUCUCCAUGCCUCAGUUUCCCCGUCAGAGAAAUGGAGAUGCUAAUGGUCCCUAUCUCAUUGGUUGUUAAGAUCAUUCUAUGAAUCAAAAUUCCAAGAGCUGUUCUAGGUGAGCAGAAAGACACCUGGCCCGUGGGGGACACUCUUACCGGUGUUUCAUCCUCCCUUCACCGGUGAGGAGCCCGCAGCUCAGCCGGCCUCAGAAUUGCCUUUGGUCCUUUUCGCUUCACUCUGUGGACUGUGUGCUCCACUUCCAGGGGUGGGGACACUGAGGCUCAGAGGGAGUACCUGGUGACACGCUGGCCUGGGCCUUUUCUCCACAUCGCUUUAUUAAUUUCAUGGACCCAAUCCCCAGCCAGGGAGGCUGGGAGCGGGAUUGAAUACUGGGAGUCCUAAGCCCUCUCCGCCGCGGGCCUUGACCUUCGCCCGCCGAGGAGGAGGAGCCCCUGGCGCCGCCGCCCAUCUGGCAAUAGGAUCCCUCUGCCCUCCGGCUCGUCCCCCUGUCAAAGGCCUGCAGCUCCAGGACCCGCCCCCUUCCCCAGCCGGGCAGGUGCUGGGUGACAUCAGACCCGGGCUCCCACCCCGUGACGCGACGUGGCCCCGCCCCGCGCUGGACCGCGGAGGUAGACGCACCUGAGUGCUUUGAAGAGGACCCGGGAUUCCUGCGCCCCCUCCCCAUCUUCCCGCUCCAGCUGGCGCCCCCAGAAAUGCAGAAGAGGUAAAAAGAGGUGAAGGAAGACCAUGGCAGCCGUGACCCUGUCGGUGCCCGGACGGAAGGCGCCCCCCAGGCCGGGCCCUGUGCCCGAGGCGGCCCAGCCUUUCCUGUUCACGCCCCGAGGGCCGAGCGGGGGCAGCGGGCCUGGCGCGGGCAGCGCCCCGCAGGUGGAGUGGACGGCGCGGCGCCUGGUGUGGGUGCCCUCGGAGCUGCACGGGUUCGAGGCGGCCGCGCUGCGCGAUGAGGGCGAGGAGGAGGCCGAGGUGGAGCUGGCCGAGAGCGGGCGGCGCCUGCGGCUGCCGCGGGACCAGAUCCAGCGCAUGAAYCCGCCCAAGUUCAGCAAGGCCGAGGACAUGGCCGAGCUGACCUGCCUCAACGAGGCGUCCGUCCUGCACAACCUCCGCGAGCGCUACUACUCGGGCCUCAUCUACACAUACUCAGGCCUCUUCUGUGUGGUCAUCAACCCRUACAAGCAGCUUCCCAUCUACACGGAGGCCAUUGUGGAGAUGUAUCGGGGCAAGAAGCGCCAUGAGGUGCCACCCCAUGUGUAUGCAGUGACAGAGGGGGCCUACCGAAGCAUGCUCCAAGAUCGCGAGGAUCAGUCCAUUCUCUGCACCGGGGAGUCUGGAGCCGGGAAGACAGAAAAUACCAAGAAGGUCAUCCAAUACCUGGCCCACGUGGCAUCAUCGCCGAAGGGCAGGAAGGAGCCUGGCGUCCCCGGGGAGCUGGAGCGGCAGCUUCUUCAGGCCAACCCCAUCCUGGAGGCCUUCGGCAACGCCAAGACAGUGAAGAACGACAACUCCUCCCGAUUUGGGAAAUUCAUCCGCAUCAACUUUGACGUUGCUGGGUACAUCGUGGGCGCCAACAUCGAGACCUACCUGCUGGAGAAGUCCCGCGCCAUCCGCCAGGCCAAGGACGAGUGCAGCUUCCACAUCUUCUACCAGCUGCUCGGGGGCGCUGGGGAGCAGCUCAAGGCCGACCUCCUCCUGGAGCCCUGCUCCAACUACCGCUUCCUGACCAAUGGGCCGUCAUCCUCUCCGGGCCAGGAGCGGGAGCUGUUCCAGGAGACGCUGGAGUCCCUCCGGGUCCUGGGAUUUGCCCCUGAGGAGAUCACCUCUAUGCUGCGCACGGUGUCCGCCGUGCUCCAGUUCGGCAACGUGGUUCUCAAGUCGGAUCGGAACACGGACCAAGCCACCAUGCCCGACAACACAGCUGCACAGAAGCUCUGCCGCCUCCUGGGACUGGGAGUGACCGACUUCUCCCGUGCCCUGCUCACACCCCGCAUCAAAGUUGGCCGAGAUUAUGUGCAAAAGGCCCAGAGCAAGGAACAGGCCGACUUUGCGCUGGAGGCCCUGGCCAAGGCCACCUACGAGCGCCUCUUCCGCUGGCUGGUGCUGCGCCUCAACCGUGCUYUGGACCGCAGCCCCCGCCAGGGCGCCUCGUUCCUGGGAAUCCUGGACAUCGCAGGCUUUGAGAUCUUCCAGCUCAACUCCUUCGAGCAGCUGUGCAUCAACUACACCAACGAGAAGCUGCAGCAGCUCUUCAACCACACCAUGUUCGUGCUGGAGCAGGAGGAGUACCAGCGCGAGGGCAUCCCCUGGACCUUCCUCGACUUCGGCCUCGACCUGCAGCCCUGCAUCGACCUCAUCGAGCGCCCGGCCAACCCUCCCGGACUCCUGGCCCUGCUGGAUGAGGAGUGCUGGUUCCCCAAGGCCACAGACAAGUCAUUUGUGGAGAAGGUAGCCCAGGAGCAGGGAAGCCACCCCAAGUUCCAGCGCCCGAGGCACCUGCGGGAUCAGGCUGACUUCAGUGUCCUGCACUAUGCAGGCAAGGUGGACUACAAGGCCAACGAGUGGCUGAUGAAGAACAUGGACCCACUGAACGACAAUGUCGCAGCCUUGCUUCACCAGAGCACUGACCGGCUCACGGCAGAGAUCUGGAAGGACGUGGAGGGCAUCGUGGGGCUGGAACAGGUGAGCAGCCUCGGGGACGGCCCUCCAGGCGGCCGCCCGCGCCGCGGCAUGUUCCGGACGGUGGGACAGCUCUACAAGGAAUCCCUGAGCCGCCUCAUGGCCACGCUCAGCAACACCAACCCCAGCUUUGUUCGCUGCAUCGUCCCCAACCACGAGAAGAGGGCCGGGAAGCUGGAGCCGCGGCUGGUGCUGGACCAGCUGCGCUGCAAUGGCGUCCUGGAGGGCAUCCGCAUCUGCCGCCAGGGCUUCCCCAACCGCAUCCUCUUCCAGGAGUUCCGGCAGCGGUAUGAGAUCCUGACGCCCAACGCCAUUCCCAAGGGCUUUAUGGAUGGGAAGCAGGCCUGUGAGAAGAUGAUCCAGGCCCUAGAAUUGGACCCCAACCUCUACCGUGUGGGACAGAGCAAGAUCUUCUUCCGGGCAGGGGUUCUGGCCCAGCUGGAAGAGGAACGGGACCUGAAGGUCACCGACAUCAUCGUGUCCUUCCAGGCUGCUGCCCGGGGAUACCUGGCUCGCAGGGCCUUCCAGAGGCGCCAGCAGCAGCAGAGCGCCCUGAGGGUGAUGCAGAGGAACUGUGCAGCCUACCUCAAGCUGAGGCACUGGCAGUGGUGGCGGCUCUUCAUCAAGGUGAAGCCACUGCUGCAGGUGACACGGCAGGACGAGGUGCUGCAGGCGCGGGCCCAGGAGCUGCAGAAAGUGCAAGAGCUGCAGCAACAGAGCGCCCGGGAAGUAGGGGAGCUCCAGGGCCGAGUCGCACAGCUGGAGGAGGAGCGAACCCGCCUGGCCCAGCAGUUGCGAGCGGAGGCAGAACUGUGUGCGGAGGCCGAGGAGACUCGGGGGCGGCUGGCAGCCCGAAAGCAGGAGCUGGAGCUGGUGGUGUCGGAGCUGGAGGCCCGCGUGGGCGAGGAGGAGGAGUGCAGCCGGCAACUGCAGACCGAGAAGAAGAGGCUGCAGCAGCACAUCCAGGAACUAGAGACCCACCUGGAGGCGGAGGAGGGGGCCCGGCAGAAGCUGCAGCUGGAGAAGGUGACAACAGAGGCGAAGCUGAAGAAGUUUGAGGAGGACCUGCUGCUCUUGGAGGAUCAGAAUGCCAAGCUGAGCAAGGAGCGGCGGCUGCUGGAAGAGCGCCUGGCCGAGUUCUCCUCCCAGGCGGCCGAGGAGGAGGAGAAGGUCAAGAGCCUCAACAAGCUGCGACUCAAAUAUGAGGCCACAAUUGCAGACAUGGAGGACCGCCUGCGGAARGAGGAGAAGGGCCGCCAGGAGCUGGAGAAGCUGAAGCGGCGGCUGGACGGGGAGAGCUCUGAGUUGCAGGAGCAGAUGGUGGAGCAGCAGCAGCGCGCGGAGGAGCUGCGGGCCCAGCUGGGCCGCAAGGAGGAGGAGCUGCAGGCGGCGCUGGCCAGGGCAGAGGAGGAGGGCGGAGCCCGAGCCCAGCUGCUCAAAUCCCUGCGGGAGGCGCAGGCAGGCCUGGCCGAGGCCCAGGAGGACCUGGAGGCCGAGCGMGCAGCCAGGGCCAAGGCCGAGAAGCAGCGCCGCGACCUGGGCGAGGAGCUGGAGGCGCUCCGUGGUGAGCUGGAGGACACGCUGGACUCCACCAACGCGCAGCUGGAGCUCCGGUCCAAGAGGGAACAGGAGGUGACGGAGCUGAAGAAGGCUCUGGAGGAGGAGACUCGCGUCCACGAGGUGGCRGUGCAGGAGCUGAGGCAGCGCCACGGCCAGGCUCUGGGGGAGCUGGCGGAGCAGCUGGAGCAGGCCCGGAGGGGCAAAGGUGCGUGGGAGAAGACCCGCCUGGCCCUGGAGGCAGAGGUGUCUGAGCUUCGGGCAGAGCUGAGCAGCCUGCAGACUGCCCGUCAGGAGGGUGAGCAGAAGAGACGCCGCUUGGAGUCCCAGCUGCAGGAGGUGCAGGGCCGGGCAGGCGACGGGGAGCGGGCACGAGUGGAGGCUGCUGAGAAGCUGCAGCGAGCCCAGGCUGAGCUGGAGAACGUGUCGGGAGCCCUGAGCGAGGCCGAGUCCAAAGCCAUCCGCCUGGGCAAGGAGCUGAGCAGCACAGAAGCCCAGCUGCACGACACCCAGGAGCUGCUGCAGGAGGAGACCAGGGCGAAGCUGGCCCUGGGGUCCCGGGUGCGGGCCGUGGAGGCCGAGGUGGCCGGACUGCGGGAGCAGCUGGAGGAGGAGGCCGCGGCCAGGGAGCGCGCAGGCCGGGAGCUGCAGACCGCCCAGGCCCAGCUUGCAGAUUGGCGGCGGCGCCAGGAGGAAGAGGCCGGGGCACUGGAGGCAGGGGAGGAGGCUCGGCGCCGGGCCGCCCGAGAGGCCGAGGCCCUGGCCCAGCGCCUGGCGGAAAAGACAGAGGCUGUGGAAAGGCUGGAGCGGGGCCGCCGGCGGCUGCAGCAGGAGCUGGACGAUGUCACCGUGGACCUGGAGCAACAGCGGCAGCUCGUGAGCACCCUGGAGAAGAAGCAGCGCAAGUUCGAUCAGCUCCUGGCUGAGGAGAAGGCAGCUGUGCUUCGGGCCGUGGAGGAGCGUGAGCGCGUUGAGGCCGAGGGCCGGGAGCGCGAGGCUCGGGCCCUGUCUCUGACCCGGGCGCUGGAGGAGGAGCAGGAGGCUCGCGAGGAGCUGGAGCGCCAGAACCGGGCGCUGCGGGCGGAGCUGGAGGCUCUACUGAGCAGCAAGGACGACGUCGGCAAGAGCGUGCAUGAGCUGGAACGCGCCCGAAGGGUGGCAGAACAGGCCGCCAGUGACCUACGCACACAAGUGACAGAACUGGAGGACGAGCUGACGGCGGCCGAGGAUGCCAAGCUGCGCCUGGAGGUGACUGUUCAGGCUCUCAAGACACAGCACGAGCGGGACCUGCAGGGCCGGGACGAGGCUGGCGAGGAGAGACGAAGGCAGCUGGCCAAGCAGCUGAGGGAUGCCGAGGUGGAGCGCGAUGAGGAGCGCAAGCAGCGGGCUCUGGCGGUGGCCGCCCGCAAGAAACUGGAGGCCGAGCUGGAGGAGCUGAAGGCGCAGACGACGGCCGCGGGGCAGGGCAAGGAGGAGGCGGUGAAGCAGCUCCGCAAGAUGCAGGCCCAGAUGAAGGAGCUGUGGCGGGAGGUGGAGGAGUCACGCAGCUCUCGGGAGGAGAUCUUUGUCCUGAACCGGGAGAGUGAGAAGCGCCUCAAGGCCCUGGAAGCGGAGGUGCUGCGGCUGCAGGAGGAACUGGCCGCGUCGGACCGCGCCAGGCGGCAGGCCCAGCAGGAUCGGGAUGAGAUGGCAGACGAAGUAGCCAACGGCAACCUUAGCAAGGCAGCCAUUCUGGAGGAGAAGCGCCAGCUGGAGGGGCGCCUGGGGCAGAUGGAAGAGGAGCUGGAGGAGGAGCAGAGCAACGCAGAGCUGCUCAAUGACCGGUACCGCAAGCUCCUCCUGCAGGUGGAAACUCUGACCACAGAGCUGUCUGCAGAGCGCAGUUUCUCAGCCAAGGCUGAGAGUGGGCGGCAACAGCUAGAGCGGCAGAUCCAGGAGCUACGAGGACGCCUGGGUGAGGAAGAUGCUGGGGCCCGGGCCCGCCAGAAGAUGGUGAUUGCAGCCCUUGAGUCUAAGUUAGCCCAGGCAGAAGAGCAACUGGAGCAGGAAAGCAGAGAGCGCAUCCUCUCGGGCAAGCUGGUGCGAAGAGCUGAGAAGCGGCUGAAGGAAGUGGUUAUGCAGGUGGAGGAGGAGCGCAGGGUGGCGGACCAGCUCCGGGACCAGCUGGAGAAAGGGAACCUUCGGGUGAAGCAGCUGAAGAGGCAGCUGGAAGAGGCUGAGGAGGAGGCAUCCAGGGCUCAAGCUGGUCGCCGGAGGCUUCAGCGGGAACUGGAGGAUGUCACAGAGUCAGCUGAGUCCAUGAAUCGAGAGGUGACAACGCUGAGGAACCGGCUCAGAAGGGGCCCGCUCACCUUCACCACCCGAACUGUGCGGCAGGUCUUCCGCCUGGAGGAGGGCGUGGCUUCUGACGAGGAGGAGGCCCAGGAGGCGGAGCCCGGCUCUGGACCACCGCCCCCUGAACCUGAGGGCCCUCCAUCAGCCCAGCCCCAGUGACCCACCUUGCCAAGGUGCACUAAGGGCAGCAGGCACUUGUCCCAUGCACCCCACCCUUUGGCUUCUUGCACUUUGGAAAUGAUGUUGCCCUUUGGCACUUUUUGGCAUUUAUCAACCACCUCCCCUCCCUGAGACAUCCUGUCAACUGGUGGUCCCCCAAGCACAAAGGAGAGAGACUGGCUAGACGGCAACCACUGGGGCUCUAUUGCUUGAGGGGAAGCUAUGGUCCCCUCAGCUCCCCAUCCUUUCUUCAAUUGUUAAGGAUCCUGAGCCCCUUGCAAAGACAGGACAAGGAGCCCCUCUUAUCCUCUCCUGCCCACUCUGUCCUCCUUUCUAAUUGGUCUUCUGUAGUCACAGGUUGGAGUUCCCAGAGGGGUCUGGUAGCGUCUCCCUUACUGUUCCAGCUUCCCAGCCCUGGCAGAAAUAAACUCCAAUCCCUGAUUGGACUCUUAGCUGUGACUGUGUGUCCCUCCAGGGAACCUCUGAUGGGGUGUGGGGGCUUCUUCAGUUCCCCUGGGUUGGAAGGAGGGGCUCUGCUGGUUUUAAUCACAGCUUAUUAUAUAGUUGAGAAAGCCCAGGCUCUCUGAGGCCUUAUUCCUCACUCCAAGCCUCCAGUGAGUGCCAGGGGUGGGCUGUGCCAGACCAACUCUCAAGUCUUUGCAAUAAAUAAAAAUUUUUAAAACGACUGAUCAUUUGGGGCUGGGAUUGUGGCUCAGGGGUAGAGUGCUCGCCUCA